UUCGCAUUCGUGAGGCAGGAGUCGAGUCAUUUUAACGCAAUAAGUUCGGCCCAACGUUUGCGUAUUGUAUUCAGAAUAAUUGGCCGGCGUAUUCUCCUUUUGAAGAGCGUUCAGAGCAUUAUGAUACGGCAAGCGGUGGUCGCGGCAUUUAGUCGCCUCUGACGUGAACCUCGAUCGCCUCGUGUCUCCGUCCCGACGAUGAGUGCCUCAGACAGAGGUGGGUUCCGGAACUGUACUCCGCCGGCUAUCGACGACUUCCCAGCCGGUUUUUUCACGGAGCUGCAGCGUCAACAUGGCGCCAUUGUGCUGCACGCAUUUAUCUCAAUCUAUCUCUUUCUUGCUCUCGCCGUCGUCUGCGAAAAAUUUUUCGUCCCAGCCGUAGACAGGAUAUGUACAGCACUAAAUAUGACUAACGACGUGGCUGGAGCAACUUUUAUGGCAGCCGCAACUUCAGCUCCAGAGUUAUUCGUGAACGUCAUUGGCACCUUCAUUACUGAAGGUGACAUCGGUGUUGGAACCAUAGUCGGCUCAGCUGUCUUCAAUAUCCUAGCAGUGGCAGCAUGCUGUGGAAUUGGUGCGGGAAUGGUUGUGCCGUUGGAUUGGUGGCCUUUAACGCGAGAUUGUUUAGCGUAUGGAAUCACCGUUUCAAUACUUAUUUGCAUCAUGCAUGACGAGUAUGUAAUGUGGUAUGAAGCAUUUUUACUGGUACUUCUGUAUGGCGUAUACAUAUGUAUUAUGUAUUAUGAUAAAUCUAUUCAAAAUUUUGCUAAGAGAAAUGUCUUAUUUUCAGAUAGUUGGAAAUGUGUUUCAAAUAUGAUCAAAUCUGACGAAGAGAAACAAGAAAAUACGACUGAUAUUGAUGGGAAAGAGAAACAAGUUUCAAGUAAGAAAAGGGAAACAUGUAGUGAACAUCAUCAACACAACGGAAACAUUAAAAUUGGAGCCAGCGACGGAACUGAGAAAAAUGCUGAUGCAGUUGUUAGAUGUGAUGCAGGUGAUGGAUCCGUGGUUUAUGACGAGUCUAAUAUCGAUAUGGGUGUAAUGGAGAUAGUAUCGGCAGCUGAUAAUAAGGAAGCCUUGGAUGGUUAUGAGCAUUCAUUAUGGAAGUGGCCGUCUGGACGUAGUGCACUGACCAAAGCAACUUGGAUCAUCACUUGGCCGAUACAUCUCGUUUUUCUAUUCACGAUUCCCGAUUGUGAAAAAUCUCGUUUCAAAAACUGGUUUCCUUUAACAUUUCUAAUGUGCAUCGUGUGGAUUGGAUCUUUGUCAUAUGUCGUUGCUUGGAUGAUUACUAUUAUUGGUGAUACGUUGAUGAUACCAGAUUCUGUUAUGGGCAUAACAUUCUUAGCGGCCGGUACUUCCGUUCCUGAGGCAGUUUCAAGUGUGAUUGUGGCAAAGCAAGGACAUGGCUCUAUGGGCAUCAGUAAUUCAAUUGGGUCGAACACUUUCGAUAUUCUCCUGUGCUUAGGAUUACCAUGGCUAAUAAAAGCUUCGUUAACACCGGCUGAACCAGGAAACUACUGGGUGAAGAUAAACUCGAUGGGUCUGGAAUACUCCGCAAUAUCGCUACUGUCGACGCUCUUGUUGCUGUAUUUGACGUUUUGGUUUAACAAAUUCAAAUUGGAUGCUGCCGUUGGAAGGGCAUGCCUUGCGAUGUAUGCCAUGUUCCUCGUUCUGGCGACCCUGAUCGAGCUCAACGUGUUCUUCCCCGUUAACGUUCGCACUUGCAAGAGAACGGAACUGAACUCAUAACUUGAAUAGUGAACAUCUAUAUUAUACAUUACGUAUUGUCAUGUGAAUACUCUGUAAAACGAUUGGCACCUGUCUAUUGAAAUUGAGGUGUUGUCCUCGACAUAAUUAACUUUCGAGUAAAAUUCAUACUCACUCACACUUUAUUAGAUAAACAGCUACCUAUGUUCUUAAAUGAAUCUCAAUAUAUACAACCAAAGUCCAAAGCAGUUUUAUAGUAAUGUUAAGAUUUUCAAUUAGAUAAGAUGGUUUAUGAAAUAUUUUCGAUUACAUUUUAUAUCGCGAUACUGCAAUUAAUGUGUCUAUGACGUCUAUUAUUUUUUUUAUUUUUAACUGUUUAAUUAGUUAAAUUAAACCAAUUUUAAUUUUAACUAUCGAAUUGUAAAUAUGAAACAGUUGAUAUGUAACGAAUUUGAAUAGUUAAUAAACAUAUAGAUUUUUAUUUCA